GGUUAGGAGGGAUUUGAGGGUCCAGCAGGGUUUAAAAGCAUGUGAGUAUGAGCACUUGUUUACUGAGAAAAGAGUAACCUUACAAGCUGGUGGACACAAAAAUGACAGUCGGAGUGUUUCUGGCUCUAGUGCUCCCCCUGCUGGUUGGGAGCACCUCAGUUUCUCAGGAACUGUUCCCGACAGACUGCUCUGAUGUCUACACUAACGGACAAACACUGAGUGGAGUUUACACCAUCUACCCUGCAGGUGACACACCUGUACAGGUGUACUGUGACAUGGGCUGUGAGGGACAAACAGAGGAUGGAAAGUGGACGGUGAUUCAGAGGAGAAUGGAUGGCAGUGUGAACUUCUACAGACCAUGGGAGCAGUACAAGAAAGGAUUUGGGAACAAAAAUGGAGAAUACUGGCUGGGAUUGGAGAACCUCUACCAGCUCACCCGCAAGAGGAAGUAUGAGCUGAAAGUUGACCUGCAGGACUUUGAAGGAGUGAAGGUUUACGCCCAGUACUCUACUUUCUCUGUGGAAUCUGAAGUUGACGGCUACAAACUCCAUGUUGGUGGAUUCAUUAAUGGAGGAGCAGGUGACUCUUUGGAGACAAACAAUGGACAGAAGUUCUCCACCUUUGACAAAGACCAGGAUGCUAAUAAGGAUGGUAACUGUGCUAAAUCCUACCUCGGAGGGUUUUGGUACAGUGCUUGCCACCACGCUAACCCCAACGGUAUCUAUCUGUGGGGAAAGGAUGGUACCUUUUAUGCUAUUGGAAAUGUGUGGUAUCACUGGAAAGGCUAUGAUUAUGGUCUCAAGUUCAUCAGUAUGAAGAUCAGGCCUGUGCCUGAGACUCAGUGACAGGUUAUUCUUGCUUCAAGUAGAAGAGAUCUGUCAGUCUGAAAGUAGGAAUGAUGAUACAUUGAGCCAUCCUUUGUUGUUUUGUUUUGCUUUUUAAAAAUUUUAUAUUUGUACAUACACACAAAAUGUUUAAUUACUGUGCAUUUCAUAUUAGGUAUAUAAAGUUGUUGUACAAUAAAUAAAUAGUUGACAUUAUUAAAAGGUUAGAUGAAAAUAUAUGUAUAUGCUUUACAUGACGACUUCAAUUCUAAAACCCUCAUAGUGAAAGAUGACUAAGAUCUGAAAGUAUUUUUUGAUGCAGAAUUCUCAAGAAACUGGUUUGUCAAGUAAACUCAAAUUUAUUUAUAUAGUGCUUUUCACAACAGGUGUUGUCACAAAGUAUCUUUACAGAAAAUCUGGGUUUGAGCCCCCAUGAGCGCCGCCAAUGGCAACAGCGACAGGAAAAAGUCCCUAAGAGCAAGAGGAAGAAACUUUGAGAAGAGCCAAGACUCAAAAGGGGAACCCAUUCUCCUCUGGAUACCAAAUAGCAUAACAAUAACACAAGAACAAAAUGAACAGAAGAUAUGUUUUUUACAAUUAAUAUAUUAAAUAUAUUAAUUAUAUUAAUAUAAUUAAUUUUGACAAAUAAUUAUAUUAAUAUAAAUCUAAAUGUUGAAUAUAAAGAAAAGAAAAGAAAAAAGAAACCAGCAUUGGACAGAACUAUUUAGAUUAACAAAUUAUAGCCAAAGACUGCAGUUCAUGCUUGUAACUCACACGCUCACUUAUGUUUACUCACUCAUACCAGUUGAAGGUUCUCCAGAAGGGGGCACUAACACUUGAAUUGUUUUAGGU